AUGUCUGUGCCCUUUAAGGUUGAGGCUUUAUUCCCUUAUACCUCUGAUUUUGAGGACGAUUUACCGUUUCCGAAAGGUCAAAUCAUUACAGUGCUUGAAAUAGAAGACGAGGAAUGGUACUUUGGCGAAUUUCAAGACGAAAAUGGAACUACUAAACAAGGUAUUUUUCCUAAAGGUUUUGUGAGUGCUCCAUUGAGCGAUGAGAAGGAUGAGAAAAUAUCCAAACCUUCUUCUGAAGUUGAAGAAUCACCAUUGGUGGAGAAGGAGGAAAACAAGGAGAAUGAGGCUGAGGAACAGACUGGAACUGAAUCUAAGAGUGCUGUUCAGGAUGAUACCGAGGCAAUGGCUAAGGUUGAAACCGAAUCAGAUUCUAUUCCAAAGUCCGACUUUGAACCCGUUACUAAAUCCGAAUCUCCUGUGAAAGUUCCGGUGCCCCACAUUGACACUUCCUCUGACCAUUCAACACCGGUCCCCUCGCAUAAAUCCCCGGUGACGCACGAUAAUGUUAGAAAACUGGCUGGUAAUCUGUCGUCUUUGGAUGACUCCUCAGCUCCCCAUCUUAGAGAAAGACAUACAUUCGCCAAUAGCGAAGAUUUGGUGAAGGAAGCGAAAUCAGAAUCUAAGAUGUCACUACAACAAAGAAUCUUAUUACUACAAGAACAACAAAAAUUGCAACAAGAGCAUGCUGAGACGAUGCACAAAAAUAAAAAACACGCAGCAGCAGCGGCAGCGGCGGCAGCAACCUCAACAUCCUCAGAGGAAAAUGGGCCUGCAGAUGAUGCUGUUUCUGUAAAAACCGGUGCAACUGGUGCUGAAGAUAAAGAAGUGAAGUCCCCCGAUGGAGAAACUGGAUCACUUGUUUCUAAAUCAGACUCUCUAAUCAAUGUUGGUAAUGAUGAUGAUAAAAGUACACACCAGCCUGCACAUGAUGAUAGUCACGGAGAUAACGAUGAAGAUGAAGCUGAUGAAGGUCAAGGUCAAGAUGACAAUGAAGACGAAACUUCCAAUAGUGAAGACGAAGAAGAACAAAGACGUGCAGCUUUAAGGGAGAGAAUGGCAAGAUUGGCUAGUGCAAGUAGAUAUGGUAUGCCAAACACUUACUUCAAUCCUUUUGGUAUGCCAAUGCCAUCGAAUGAUUCUUCAAAGACCAAGAAAAAGUCCAAGAAAGUUGAAGAAGAGCAGGGUACCCCUAAAAAUGAAGAACCAGUUCCAGCACCAAUUCCUGUCAUACCAUUUGCAGACCCAUCAAAACUUCCAAUGUUCAAAAACAAAACUGAAGAACCAACCGACACCUCCAAUGCCGAAUUAACUGCAGGAAAUGAAGCUGAUAUCGAAAGUGAAUCAAAUUUUGUUGACGCAGAAGAAGAAACGCAACCGAUUAGAGCUCCAGCUAAACAUGAGGAAGAACAAGUGUAUGUUCAUGAAUCUAAGAUUGAUGAAUCUGCGACUUCCUUGGGAUAUGAAUCUGAAGGUGACGAAACCACAGUGAAGGCUGAAAAAAUAGAAGAGGAGGAACAAUUACCAGCAGUUCCAGAAAGAGGUCCUGGAAGAUCUGUUAAGAGAACUUCAGUUCAUGAAAAUGUAGAAGCUCCUGGGAGUCCAAAUCAAAAGCUUCCACCACCAGGGCCCCCUAUUCCAUCAGUGCCUAUUUUACCUUCUGCUGCUUCGGCACCUCAUGUUCCUCACGUUCCUCAUGUACCUUCUGCUCCUACCGUUCCAACUACUAGAUCAGGUCCACCAGAUUCUAAAGUUCCUCCUCUACCAACAGCCCCUCCUGUGCCUCCUGUGCCUUCAAACGAACCAGCAGCCCCUCCAAUUCCUUCUAGAUCAUCAAUUUCUGCUCCAUCUGAGAAACCACACGCUCCUGCGCCUCCUAUCCCACCAGCUGCUGCUCCAGUGCCACCUUUACCACCAAAGGCUGCGGAACAUGUCCCAAACGUUGCAAAGGCACAAGAUAUUCCAUUAGCAGCAUCUAAACCCCAUGCUCCGGUGCCACCAAUUCCACAUCAUUUUGCACCUCCACCACCACCACCUUCUUCUUCUCAGGCUCCCAGACCUAAUAUUCUAGCCACAUCCAUGACUGGUGAAUCAAACAAAUCUUCAUCUACCGUUUCAUCACCUGCUAUACCAUCCUCGGCUGUGCCACCACUUCCAAACAUGGGGCAACCAAUAAGACGUAGCACAACACAAAAAUUCGAAUCUGGCACGGUUCCAGAAUUGGAGUUUUCGAAGCAUAGUAGUUGGUGGUUAACGAAAACUGUCCAACCUGAUACAGUAACUCCAAGCAAGGCUAAGUACAUCUGGGAGUCACAGGAUCACAUUGUUAAAAGAAGAAACAAUAAAACGCUUAUUGUUAGAGAUUUCCAAUUCCUAUUUGAGGAUUACUCUCAAGUCCAAGCUUAUGUAGUUUACGACCCAAAGAGACCAUUGGAAACAGCAACAUUCCACCAAGAAUAUGUCCCUUCCCCAAGUCAUAUUAGCGGUAGUGAUCUUCUAAUAAACACCAUAUACGAGAGUAGUAUCAAAUUGAUUGGAAAAACUUGUCAUUCUUUCAUUCCUCAGGUUUUGGGUCCAAUAGAAGAACUUGUUCCACCUAUUGCCCACAGAACGUAUGGUAUCACGGUAUUUGAGCAAUCACAUGGUUCUCCAGUUGAUCAAGCAUCAUUGGAAAAACUUGUUCCUGGUUUGAUCAUCGUUGCAAGGAAUGCUGAAUUUUCUUUCCAAGAUGGAUUAACGUAUAGCUUGGGUAUAGAAGCUCCAUUUGUUGGUAUUUUGAAAUCUGUAGACCCACAGGCGCAAUCAGUAGAAGUGAUAGAAGAACUUGGUGGUGAAUGUAGAACAUCAGUCUAUCCUUUGAACAACCUAGUCAAAGGGAAAUUGAAGGUAGCUACUCCAGUUCACCGCAAAGAUAUUGGUUGGUAA